AUGGCCACCAAUUUAGACAAGGCAUUUGGAUCCUUUCGCCGUCUUCGUGAUCGGCUUCAAUCUCCACGCUUUGUAUUGGCGGAUGCAGGGACUCAUGGCUUGUCUACGAUUUCUCCGGAACUAGAUGGUGACAUCGCAACAUUAGCUCCUAAGCGUCCGUACUCAGCUUCUUCAGUGGAUGACAGGGACCUCGUUCACCUCGACACCACUGUUCGAAGGACCCUCCCGUUGGUCUCCACUAUUUUAUCAGCAACUGAAGCACUUUCGUCGGCUCUAGCUCAUGCAUCUUCCUCAGAAGAAUCCUGUAUUCGAGGUGCUGUGACCCUCAUCCAGGAUAAAACGACAGCUAUACUAGACCUCCUUGCUCACCAUGCGGGAUCUAUCACUUCUCUUCGUCUGCUUCUUUUCGUGGCCGUGGCCGAGCACGCCAACAUCAGCGAGGAGGGAAAUCAGGCGGACGCACCGUCUCCUUUUCAGGGACUAAAGGAAACACUAACUCUCCUAAGCCAGGAGACACUAACCACAAAUGACUCACUACAACAGCAGGACGACUGGGACCUUCCGACUCCAGCCAUUCCGAUUUUCUCGUCUCCUGUAGGCGGAAAACUAGGCACGUUCGCUUUAAACUGGACCAUCCUAGACGACCCAUAUGUGUCUCGUCUCCUACAAACAGGUUAUCCUCUACCUCUUGCCACCACACCUCCGACGACGUGCAAACCGCCUCAACAUCUGUAUCCAGCCAAACAACUUCCAGUUCUCAUAGACACCAUAAACACGUUACUUGUAAAGAACGCAAUAGAGUGUCUGGGCACUCAGCCAAUGACACCAGGGUUCUAUUCUCCAAUUUUUCUGGUUCCCAAGAAAAACAGUCCUCAACUACGUCUCAUCUUCAACAUGAAAACCUUCAACAAACUAUACCUAGAGACUCCUCCACACUUUCGCAUGACAUCAAUCACUCUACUACGAACGAUUAUUCAUCCCGGCGACUUCAUGAUCAGCCUAGAUAUACAAGACGCGUACUUACACGUCCCUAUCCUGCCAGAGCACCGCCAUUUUCUUCGGUUUGUGUUCCUAGGCCAACACUACCAAUGGCGAGUGCUCCCAUUUGGAAUUUCUUCGGCCCCGUGGCUAUUUACUCGCCUCACAAAACCCUUCGUCAAGUUCCUACACACUCGAGGCAUCGUCUUCGAAACGUACAUCGACGACUGCAUUCAAGCCAACAAGGAUUCGAACACUCUACUUCAUCACCUCGAUUUCUCUCAACGCCUACUUCAUCAACUAGGUUGGAUCAUCAACCCAAAAAAGUCCGAAACUAUUCCAACACAACGUCUCCAGUUCAUCGGAGCCCUCUUCGACACGAGUCUGGGCAAGAUGUUUGUACCCCAAGAUCGUUGGGAGAAAAUCCAACGCCUCGUUCCAUUGGCACUCAAACAGCCAAUUUCCUUACGUCAAUGGCAACAACUUCUUGGUCUCCUAACAUCAGCACAAGCCCUCACCAAGAGAGGUCAACUUCACUUACGGCCAAUCCAGUGCUUCCUCAAGCCCUUCCUUCAGGACGACGAUUGUCAGGUUCUAAUAUCUCUUCCAAACCAUCUACACCCACACCUCAAAUGGUGGUUAACUCCAUCAAAUGUCUGCGAAGGAGUCUCCUUGCAACCAUUCAGCCCGACCCUCCACCUGUUCGUCGACGCCUCAACCGUCGGAUGGGGAGCUCAUUGCCAAGACCUACAAGUGGCAGGGCGGUGGUCAUUAGAAGAAAGCCAGCUUCACAUCAACAAUCUAGAAUUCAAACCAGUGAUUCUGGCAGUGUCUCAUUGGUCAACACUCCUUCAGUCCUCCACACUAAUGAUUCAGUCAGACAACCUAUCGGUCGUGUGGUACAUAAACAAGAUGGGAUCCACCAAGUCAACGUCACUUCUAUCUCUAGCACUCGACUUCUUCAAACUGAUCGACUCACUCAACAUUCAAGUUCGAGCGAGACAUAUUCCCGGCAUCGCCAACGUCAUAGCCGACUCCCUGUCCCGACCCGACAAACCAUCUCCCACGGAAUGGCGUCUACAUCCCUUGUUCACGUAUCAGGAUCUCAACAUUCUUUGA